GUCUCAACUCUCAAGUAUCGAUACACUUGUGCUAGCUAACGCUAAUAAGAAUAAACUUGAGCGGCCUAUAAGCUGCAUGGUGAUUUGUGACAGUUGUCAAACAGCCGUCAAUUUUGGAGUAUCAUUCUCUUAAAGACGUUGUUAAUAAAGUCAAUACAGAAAGUCUGUAGUUCCAUAUUCCUCUGUGGAUUUGUACUGACAAGUAAAUAUUGUUAUGUUUUGCAUGUUCUCGUGUAAUGCAAGGGACGUACAAUCACAGAUGACUAAGCCCCAGCUGCUAAAGAAAGUAAGCCUUUCACAGAAUCGUUUACUUUCUCUCAGAACUUUUUAGUGACAGAACAGUGGUCAAUGUUGUCACUGAUGAAAUUCCGGCACUUUAUAAGCUUAACGUCUUCCAAUUAAUUUGGAACUGAAAAAUGGUUGAAACACAUUAUUCAACAGCAUUUACACACAUUUUACUAGCUGGCUCAACUCUGUGGGCUCUGAAGUCUACAUUCAAUGCUACUGAAUAUCCUUACAAAUGGAUAUAUGGAACAUUUGUACCAUUACUUGUAUUAUCCAUUUUGGGCAUAUUCAGAUUUGGUAACCCACAAUAUGGACAUAAGUUGAGAACAUUGUAUAACAACAUUCUGUUUCUGAGUUCAACCUUGUGUUUCCCAUGCUUGGCAACAGAGCUUCAUCUCUAUUAUGGCUAUGAUGGCAACUUUGCACUUAUGAAUAUAGUAGCAGCAGUGUUUCCUGUUGUGUGUUAUUAUGUUAGUAAAAAACCUAGCGACUAUAUGUCUGACAUGUCUUUAAUUUUAAGUUUACUUUUUGUGUGUUAUAUAGGCUAUGUGGCAAGAAAUUACUAUGCUUUAGCUGCUGCCCUUUGUUAUGCAGCAAACUUUUUUGUGAUUGGUACGUGUGGUACCUUUGCUGAUAUGCCAGCUGUGGAACUUUUCACAGUUGGUCUUUGUUUUUUUAACUGGUUCACUGCCAGAGCUGUAAAAGACUGAUUACCUGAUAUUUGAAAAUUUACACCAUCAACUAUGGUUGCCUAAGAUCCAUUAAUGAAGAUUCCUGUUUGAUUGACAUGUUUUGUUGAAUUGAGGAAAAUAUUUUUAUGCCCUUUGCAGCAUCAUCAUAUGAAAACACAUUAAAGAGUUUUUCACUACCUCACUUGGUAAAUAUUUUCAUACAUAUGCUCUUAACAGUCGGUGUAAUCCAAGCUGUAAUGAACAAGAAAUGUAUUUUGAAAUUAAUAUUCAUGGAUAUAUUUUGAAUAUCAUUUUACUGUUUUAAGAACUCUGUGAAGCAUAUUUUGUAAGCCCUAAAAUAAAUUAUUUGAUGAAGUAA